AUGGCGGAUAAAAUACUGUCAGUCUUUCUGUCUCCCGACAAGGUGGAGAAUGUACCCUUCGAGGUCAAAACGCCGCUUGCCGAGAUGAGCUUAUCCGAUACCAAGGCCUUGGCUCUGAAGCUUGUUGACAGUCUUGUUCAUCUGGAAGACAAUUCAGGUGAAUUCCGUGUUCCACUCCCAACAGGCGGUUUCAAGGUUGAUUCCAAGUCUUGGAAGAACUGGGAGUGGACUCAGGGUGUCGGCCUAUAUGGCAUGUGGAUGCUGUUCGAGAUCACUGGCGAUGAAUCGGUCCUCGGUCAUAUUCAAGCUUGGUUCGAUCAGCAAUUUGCAAAAGGCACUCCGACAAAGAAUGUCAACAGUAUGGCUCCCAUGUUGACUCUUGCACAUUUGUAUGAGCGGACUGGGAGAUCUGAAUACCGAGCGUAUCUGGACUCGUGGGCUGAAUAUGUUAUGGACGGGAUUCCACGAACAGAAGAAAGGGGAAUCCAACACAUCACAUUCCGCCAAGUCAACGAAGGCCAGCUGUGGGAUGACACCUUGAUGAUGUGCGUCCUGCCGCUUGCAAAGAUCGGGGUUCUGCUGAAUCGUCCUGCAUAUGUGGAGGAAGCCAAGCGCCAAUUCUUACUCCACAUCAAGUAUCUCGUGGAUAAUCGCACCGGGCUGUGGUAUCAUGGGUGGACUUUCUUGGAGAGACAUCACUUUGCAGAUGCACUAUGGGGCAGAGGCAACUCGUGGGUUACCAUCGCGAUCCCCGAGUUUCUCUCUCUUCUUGAACUUCCUCCUGGUGACUAUUUCAGAGACUACUUGGUAUCGACUCUUGAACAGCAGGUCAUCGCUCUUUCGAAAUUCCAGAAUCAAAAUGGGCUUUGGCAUACCCUCGUCGAUGACCCUACUUCUUAUCUGGAAGUUUCUGCGUCGGCGGGCUUCGCUUUUGGAAUCCUGAAGGGGGUGAGACUGGGAUAUCUUGAUAAGAAAUAUCGAGCGAUGGGGCUUAAAGCUCUCGAGGCUGUGAUCAACAAUGUGAAUGAGAAUGGAUUGGUGCAGAAUGUGAGUUUUGGAACUCCCAUGGGGGCGACAAAAGACUUUUAUAAGGCUAUCAAGUUGACAGCCAUGCCGUAUGGACAAGCGAUGACGCUGUUCUGUAUGGUUGAGUCCAUCAAGCGGUAUUUGUGA